GAUUUUCUUUUAAUUUUGAAGUUUUACUUUUAUUUUAAUGAAAUGUUGAAAGCUGCUUUAUCUCACGUUAACAGCAGAAGUUUACGCCUCCAGUUUAAUGCAAUAAGGGCGUUAAGCUCUGCUCAUUCAACUGGAAGUAAUAAAUAUGAUGUCACAAUAGUUGGAGGAGGAAUCGUUGGCCUGGCAACAGCAAGAGAACUAUUACUGCAAUACCCAAAUCUCAAGUUUUGCGUCUUGGAAAAAGAACAUCGAUUAAGUAUCCAUCAGACAGGCCAUAACAGUGGAGUAAUACAUGCUGGUAUAUAUUAUACACCUGGGACAUUAAAAGCAAAGUUAUGCGUCGAAGGAUUGAAACUUAUGUAUAAGUAUUGCGAUGAGCAUGGUGUACCUUACAAGAAAGCUGGAAAGCUGAUUGUAGCCACAGAGCAAGAAGAGAUUCCCAGACUUGAUAAAUUAUACAGUAGAGCUCAAGAGAACGGAUGCAAAGUGGAAAUUAUUGAUGGGAGUGAAAUACAAAGCAUUGAACCUCAUUGCAGGGGUCUGAAGGCCAUUCAUUCCCCCGAAACAGGAAUAGUGGAUUUUGGACUCGUUGCAAGGACGUAUGGCAAAGAGUUUGAACAGAAGGGAGGUGAUAUAAAACUAGCUUUCGAAGUACAGGAUUUCAAGCAGAACUCUGAUCCAAAGUAUCCAGUUGUUCUGACGGGGAACCAUGAAUAUCAAGAAGUACAGUCUCGUUUUGUGAUAGUAUGUGGAGGUCUAUACUCUGAUCGACUUGCAGCGAAGUCAAAUUGUGAUCAAAUACCGAAGAUCGUACCGUUCAGAGGAGAAUAUUUAAUCCUAAAGCCGGAAAAAACUUAUUUAGCAAAAGGAAAUAUCUAUCCUGUACCAAAUCCAGCUCUACCUUUUCUCGGCUUCCAUUUCACACCACGAAUGAAUGGAGACGUAUGGCUCGGCCCCAAUGCUCUUCUCGCUUUCAAAAGAGAGGGAUACAAGUUCUUUGAUUUCAAUCUUAGAGAUUCAAUCGAUGCUAUAACGUUCAGCGGACUUAGAAAACUUGUUUUCAAAAACCUAUCAGCAGGUUUUGGUGAAAUCUAUCGCUCUAUGAUGGUUGGGGCUCAAGUUAAACAGUUGCAGAGAUUCAUCCCUGAAUUGUCAGUGAAAGAUGUCAUGAGGGGGCCAGCCGGUGUGCGGGCGCAAGCUUUAGAUACUGACGGUAACUUGGUGGACGAUUUUAUUUUCGAUUCUGGACACGGUUCAUUUGGUAAACGGAUGCUUCACGUACGUAAUGCUCCAUCGCCUGCAGCAACAUCCUCGCUUGCAAUUGCUAGGAUGAUUGCCGACGAAGUUAAGACAAGAUUCGAGUUGUGAUGGUCAAAUUUGGGCUGGUGUGGGUAUAUUUCAAGAAUAUAGAUAAUUUAGCGGCGGUUUAAGAUGGGGCUUUGGUAAUUUCAUUUUGGUAAAUUCAUGCAAGGAAAGUACAAUGUGUUGAAGUCCCAAAAUUUUUCAAAUUCCUGGGAGCAUUUAUAGAUACAAUAUAUAGUUUGUUGGCCCCCGUAAGUGUAUUGAAUGAGAUGAAAAGAACUUUAAUAUAUUCGAUUAAAAAAAAACAAAUCUGGUUAAGAUAUAUUGAGAACUGACUUCAUAAUAAAAUUGAAUUAAAUUGUAAAGGGAAUUUAUCAAUACCAUAUUUAGUUUGUUGGCACAUGGUGUAUCAAAUGUAGUAAAUCCAUCCGUUUGAAAGUUACUUCUUACCUUUUUUCUAUUUAAACUUGACAUAAAAUGAUCAAAUCUUAAAAUUCUUUGUGAGAGAGUGUGACUGACAAUACUGAAAAUCCUGUGUUAUGAUUCUUUAUGUGCACUAAAACAAGCUCGCAUUUCGCAUAGUAAAUCUGCAUAAUACCUAUAUUAUAAAACCUUCUAUCUCGCAUUUUAUUGUUAAUUAUUUAUUCCCCAUGUGUAGUGAGCUAGAAAAGUUCGAAAAUACUAAUAUAUUUUCAAGUUUUAUAAAACUUCCGUUAUAGAUUUUUAUCCAAGAUUAUUCAGUUUUGUGGCGUGUUUUUUAGAUGAAUUUUAUAAUCAGACAAAUAUUUAUUGUGUUAUGGUGUUGAAAUUUAUAGAAUAGAAUUUUUUUUUUUUAUCGCAAGAGGGAAGAGAGCCUUUAAAAACGACUCUAAACUUCCGGUUAAUUUCGACUAUGGCUUUUCGAUAACCACCAUUAGAGCCUGAAAUCAUGAAUUUUCUAUCAUUAAGGAUGAGAAAGGAUUAUAUGUCUAUGUCCCGCGAUGCUUCACUGAAAUUUAGCGACAAAACGGCUGCUGCAAAUAUUAACCGUAACUAAAGAGUGGAACUAUGAAUUGUUUUGUUAAAUAAUUGAUCGACUAAUAACAUCAGAUGCCAAGUUAUUGCGUUGUGAUACUGUCUUUAUAUCCAUUUACUAGAAAAUAAAAGCAGUAACUUUCUGGUUCUUGUUGAAAAAACAAGUGACCCAAGAAGAUUUCAGUAACCAAAUUUCAGGCCGCGACCCCAUAGGUUGGGAAAUACUGCACUAGACUAUCUUGUUCUCAGUUUGUGGCAAGAUCUUUUUAACAUUUAUCUAGUUUAAUCCUAAUAAUCAUGAUGAAAUUAAUUUUCUAUUUUCAAAGAUGCAAUUUUCUAAAAUAAACAAUUAUUCAACUGCACUUUUUAUGCUGCUAUGAUUUUAACAUUGAAUAAAAUUUUGAUCCAUAG